AUGUCUGCUGCAACAUCGUCGGACGUGGGGCGAUCCUCGGUGGACGCCAGCUCGUCCAAUGCACCAGCACCCACGAAUGGCAAAUCUCUUUCGUCCUCAGACCACUCCGACACCGAAGACACAUGGCAAGACAUCUCGAGCAUGUCCGACUCCUCUGUCCGCGCCGAACUCGCUCGCGUCCGAGAGGAACGAGACACCUUCGAAACGCAAUAUCGCUCUCUACUCUCGAAACUGACCACGAUGCGUGCAACGCUCGGUGACCGAUUACGACAAGAUGCAGAGGAGCUCGAUCGGCGCGAGACCCAAAUCGAAACGCUCACAUCCAAGCUCUCCACGCUCGAGACUGAGAGUUCGACGUUGCGGGAAGAGCUGGUGGCCUCGCACGGCGAGACGGAUCGGUUGACGAGGGAGGUGGAUACGCUGCGCAAGAGUUUAAGUGCAAAAGAGGAGGAAUUGGGACGACGAGAAUCGACCGAAUCAGGCACUCUCGGUCGUUUGGAAAGGGAACGUGAAUUGCACGAAUUGGUGGAAAGAAUCAAGUUGGAUUCGAGCAACUGGCAAGCUUCAUGUCUGGAAGAGCGAGCUAGACGACAAGACGUGGAAUUGCGGCUAGAACAAGCGCAACAGGAGGUGGAGCGUGCUCAGCAGUCCGAGUCGCACCACCGGAGCAUCGCGCAACGCGAAGCUGCAUCCGCCGCUAACCUCUCGAUUGUAUUGGCGGAAUUCCAAUCGACGCAAGAAAGCGAGCUUGCACGAGCGUUGGGCGAUUCGCAAUCCCAAAUUGACUCGCUCACAUCCUCCCUUGUCGAGUACAAACAACGAGCGGAAGAAGCCGAGUCCAAAUGCAAGCAGAAUGCCGAUCUAGCGUCGCAGGCUGAAAAGUUCUCUGCGCAGGUCAAGGAGAAGAACCUGCUGAUCGGCAAGUUACGCCACGAAGCGGUGAUUCUGAACGAACAUCUGACCGAGGCACUGCGAAGGUUGAGAAACGAUCAGAGCGACAGCAAUGUAGACAAGCGGCUGGUGACGAAUCUUUUGAUAUCGUUUCUAACCACACCCCGAACUGAUGGGAAGCGGUACGAGAUGUUGAACCUGAUUGCGGGUGUGCUGGGGUGGAAGGAGGAGGAGAGAGAGCUGGCAGGUUUGCAGAAAAGUGCAGGUGCAGUCAGGGCCAGUAUGGGUUCGUCGCGAGGCAGCGCGAGGCGCGUCAGUGGCAAUGCUGGCGCAGCAGUCGCCAACGGCGUGGAAGCAGAUGAAAGCUUUUCAAAUCUAUUUGUCGAAUUCCUCUUGUCAGAAGCCGAGAGUGGCAAGUCGCCCAAGGAUACGGAAAGAGAUGGCGAGACAACUGCGCCGAGCACACCAGGUUUGCCAACCCGGCUCUUUUCACCCAGCAGAUCCUCAUUUGGCGCAGACCCAGUUUCGCCGAGCAAGAGCGAAACAGGUGCGGCGCUAUCUGCGGGAUUGAGUGGCAGCGACGGGACGAAUGGUAAAGCGGCCCAAGGUGCAACAGGUGGUGCUGGUUUGGGGUCGUACUUUGGCCUUUCGAGAGGCAGCAGAAAGUAA